AGGUCUGAUUGAAAACGAAGACAAUGUCUGCACGAGAUUUUCCGCGCAUUAAGGAGGUUCGCGCUUACGUACCGGAAGCGGCGAAAGGCGACCAGGGAGCUGAUUGCCAUGACGUCGACGAUGACCAUUGGAUCAACGGAAGUCCCAUACCGGUGGCCAAUCCGAUGUCUGGAUACGAGCUCUACCAAAAGUACCGGAAGUCGUGGGGUAUAAACGCGAUUGGAUCGCUCGUGGUCGAGGUGGAAGCGGAGGACGGAACUACCGGUGUAGGCGUCACGAUUGGCGGGGAGCCCGGAUGUUUCAUUGUGGAGAAACAUCUUAGCAGAUUCAUCGAAGGCCAAGAUCCUCGUAACGUGGAACUGAUGAAUGAUCAGAUGUUUCGAGCGACCUUAAACUACGGUCGCAAGGGACUACCUAUCCAGGCUAUCAGCGCUGUGGAUUUGGCCCUGUGGGAUUUACUAGGUAAACUGCGGAAUGAGCCGGUCUUUGCUUUACUCGGAGGCAAAACGAAGGAGCGAUUACCUGUGUACUCAACAACAGCGAGACCCGAUCUCGCGAAAGAGUUCGGUUUCGUCGGCGCUAAGAUUCCAUGUCCAUAUGGACCCUCCGCCGGCGACGAAGGAAUGAGAAAGAAUGUUGAGUUUUACAAAGGCUGGCGAGAGAAAGUCGGGAACGAUUUCCCCCUGAGCUUGGACUGUUACAUGGCGCUUACCGUCCCCUACGCAACCAGACUGGCCAAAGAGCUAGAACCGCACGGCCUCAAGUGGAUGGAGGAAUUCUUACCGCCCGACGACUAUGAAGGAUACAAAGAGGUUCGCGAAAACCUCCGGGGAUCAAAAGUUCUACUGACCACUGGGGAACACGAGUACAAUCGCUACGGCUUUAAGCAACUCAUCAAUUCCCGCUGUGUUGACAUAAUCCAACCGGAUAUAACAUGGUUAGGCGGGAUCACGGAAGCGAGGCGCGUCGUUGCCAUGGCAGCGUCGCACGACACCAUGGUGAUUCCACAUGGAUCAAGCGUGUAUUCCUACCAUCUCCAGUACGCCUUUAGUAAUUGUCCCGUGGCGGAAUACAUUAAUCUGAGUCCUAAGGCAGACAAAAUAGUCCCAUAUUUUGGCGGAUUAUUUCCCGAUGAGCCACUUCCGGCAAACGGCUUCAUUGACUUACCAAACAGACCUGGAUUCGGAGUGACCCUGUGCAGGGAUACCCUUAGACGCCCAUAUGAUCGUUCGCCAGAAGAUUCGAAGAAGAAUGCUGAAGUGAACAAAAACUAUAAAGGGCCCCAAAAGCCACACAUGCCAUUUUAACUAGUUCAUUGGCUGCUACGAUAACUGGACACGCGUAAAUAAUACAUCUACUGCCAAUAUUAUUAUCCUACAUAAUUGAUUAAGUAUGUAAAUGUAUUGAAAUUAAAAUGUGAAAUUUG